UAUAAUAAAAGAAGUGUACCUUCUAGAAAAAUGGGAGUCAGGUUAAAAUGAGGGAAAUAUGUUUAGCAGGCGCGGUAUUAAAUAUGCUAAACGCAGUCUGUUCUUUUUAUUGGGAAUCUUGUUCUUUUUUCUGCUUUCAUUUCUUUUCACGGACAGUGGACGCAAGAGGUUGGAGGGAGGAGGGGGUGAAGGAGGAGGGAAUGGGGGUGGUGAUGGAGGAGUACAGGAAAUUAAACAAUUAGAAUCUGAUCUAGCACCUCCUUACGAGGGUCCGAGUCAUCCUACAAACACUAGGUUGAACACUAAUGUACAUAUAUUCUACUAUGGUUGGUACGGUACACCUGCCGUAGAUGGAGAAUGGGUGCAUUGGAAUCAUAGGUAUUUAGAGAACUGGGAUACGUCUGACAAGAAAGUAUAUCCUACUGGAGACCAUCAACCUCCAGAAGAUAUUGGAGCUAACUUCUACCCUUCACUUGGUCCAUAUAGCUCCAGGAAUGAGACUGUCAUUGAACAACAUUUUAAAUGGAUCAGUGAUGCAAAUAUUGGAGUAAUAUCUGUAUCCUGGUAUCCUCCAGGUCUAUCGGAUGAAAAUGGGCCAAAAUCUGACGAGCUAAUACCAACCUUGCUCCGCAUAGCACAGAAAUACAAUUUAAAGGUAUGUUUGCACGUAGAGCCAUAUAAGGAGCGCAGUGCAGAAAAUUUGCGUAAAAAUUUGCAAUACGUUUAUGAUACAUACAGCAUUCAUCCCGCGUACUACACUAUCAGGGAACUCAACAUGGCUCUCUGCAUAUCUAGCAGUGAGUGGUCCAGACUGUUCUCUAGGAAAGGAGACCUUACAGUUAGGGAAACGGAGCUGGAUGGAAUUUUUAUUGCUCUUCUAGUUGAGAUGAAGCAUCGGUACGAUAUCAAGAAAUCUAGUUUUGAUGGCUUCUACACCUACUUUGCAUCCAACGGUUUUACCUACGGAUCAACCUGGAAGAACUGGAAAGGAUUGGCAGAUUACGCCAUGAAGAACUCCCUGAUAUUCCUGCCAAGUGUUGGACCUGGAUACCUAGAUACUAGGGUUAGACCCUGGAACAGUAGGAAUACGAGGUUACGAAGAAAUGGUUUGUAUUACGAGAUUGCGUGGCGAGCUGCUUUACAGACCUCAGCUAGAUAUAUUUCAAUCACAAGCUUUAACGAGUGGCACGAGGGUACUCAGAUAGAACCAUGUAUUCCCUACAGUAGUGGUAACUACACCUACUCCUCUUACUCUCCACACAAACCAGACAAUUAUCUACAGAUUACAAGGAACUUUACAUUCUAUCCUUCCAUUAAUAAAUCCUAGUUCCCUGCUAAUAUAUUUAUCUGCU